UAUUUUAGUCUUCUGCUUGAGUUAGAGGUUAUGUGUGGUUGUCGAAAUUCGGUAUUUUUUUAUCGGUUUAUCAUAGAUUUCAUUAGAUAAUAUGAAAAGUGCGUAUAGAAAUAUUUUACGAUAACACAGUUUAACCAUUUGAUAACUAGUCAAAUAUCAAGUUAAUGUUUGCUUUAUAUCGGUUAUGGACUCAUCGCUUGUAAUUAGAGGUUAUGUUUACUUCUUGUAGUAUAUAGUAAUAGUAACCUUGUUUUUAUCUCUUUUAUUGAGAAUGAUUUAAACAUAAUAUUAUAAGAUAACUGAAUUUUAAUUGUUGUAGUAGCCUAGCCUGUAUAAUGCUUUCUAAAAGUACUUUAUUAACAGCGAUUGGAAGUUUGUUUAUAAAAGAAAAGGACAAGAUUGGAACUAGUAAUCAUGAUGAGUUAAUGUCCACGGUGAUAGAAAAACUGGAGAGUAUUGGGAGCUUUUCCAUUCUAAAUGAGCUGCAGCAUCUACAAAAUAUAUAUAAUAAGAUUCCCUACAGUACAAGGUCAAAUGAAUGGAGGAUUGUUUGUCUGGGUCUAGAAGCUUUGCUGUGUUUGAAAGAGAAGUUGCAAAGUGAGACAGAUGAGGCAGAGAGACUGCUCAGUGUCGCUCACCAGAGAUCCGUUAGAACUCUUCUGGACCAGAUAGUUUCCUUUGGCCUGCAACCUAACCUGCUCCCUGGUGUACAGCCUGUCACUCAAAGUGUUCUCUACAACUCACCUACUUCCUGUCACUCAAAGUGUUCUCUACAACUCACCUACUUGUUUGUCUCUUGUUGCAGUGAAUGGAGGAUUGUUUGUCUGGGUCUAGAAGCUUUGCUGUGUUUGAAAGAGAAGUUGCAAAGUGAGACAGAUGAGGCAGAGAGACUGCUCAGUGUCGCUCACCAGAGAUCCGUUAGAACUCUUCUGGACCAGAUAGUUUCCUUUGGCCUGCAACCUAACCUGCUCCCUGGUGUACAGCCUGUCACUCAAAGUGUUCUCUACAACUCACCCACUUUUUUUUCAGAUAUUGAGAAGUAUGAGUGCCUGUGCGUGGUUACACUCACUCUGGUGGAACUCUACCGAAACGACACUUUCCACCCGAUUGUGCUGCCACAGUUCCUGUCUCCGAUAUUGUGUGCGCUGUGUCAGCUGACAAUGGUGCCGCUCAAGAAAUCAGCAGAUAUGUAUCCACGACUACAACAGGAGCGUCUAAUCUUCCAACAACACCUUGAUCAUCUGGUUACCCGACUGUAUCAGCCUUUAGUCAUCAAGGAACUCAUGAUUAUUGAAGGAAAUAAGAAAUGUCCCAAGUGGCUGAAGAGGGGUGUGGGUAAACUGUUGACCAAUCAGUUACACCAACCCACCGGAGUGUUGGCAAUCGUGCAGGCUGUGAGAGAUGCUGCCAACUGUGCAGCACCAACAUCCACUGCUCACCUGGAGUCCAUAGCUCAGGUCAUCACUGCAUCUCCUGAUUUGCAGAAAAUCUCUUCACAGAUUCUUGAGCUGUUGGACUCCAGUGAUGCUGAGAUGGUCCGGGUGGCUGUGUUGUGUAUUAAGACCCUCUACACCAGAGAUGUCACAGCCUGCAACACACAUCUGUUGCAACCCUUGACAAGGCCUCUGACACACGCUCCUUCAUCAGAGCAGAGUCUCUCCGUCUGUCUACAGAGGCUCCACAAGUGCUUUGCAAUUCCUGCUAGUGAUUUCUGGUGUCUACCAUCCAAACUCCUCCUCACUCACAUCCACGUUUUAUUUCAACUGUAUUGCAAGGUCUACCAGAGUGCUUGUCAUCUUCUGAAACUAGUAGAGGACUUGGUGUGGUGUUUUCUGUCAAAGUGUGAAGAAACUUUGCUGAGAAGUGUUUUUCGUUCCUUCAUAUUUCGAGAAAGAAUUCCUUGCAUUGAGAUAGCAGAUGGCUUGGAAUUCGCAUUUGGAGAUGGUGGAGGAAUUGAAGUCAUUCCAUCACAACAGAGUGAGCAUUCCCUCGAAGAGUUUGGUGACUGUUUCAUGGUACUUUUGGAACGGAGGGACAUUAACGGUUUGGUAGGAAACAAACUUUUUGUGUCACUCCUCGAGUUUGCCGCUGAGGAAAAGGAGUUGGACACCGUGGACAUGUUUGAAAGGCAGCUAGUGACUGUGAAACUUCUAGCCGUGUUGUCGGAAUCUCCUACUGUUCAGAAAAGCUUGAGUAGAGACCCUGAACCUGUUGUGAGGUUUUUAAGAACUAUGCUAGACAAUUUCUUGAUGAAUUUAAAUCACGAAUUGGAAAUAAUCAGUAUAGUUUUAGUGGUCUUAAAUGUGAUUUUAAAUGACUGUGUAUAUGCUAAGAAUGUUCCUUGGCAAGUUUUUGAAGGACUGAAGGAGCCUCUCGGACAGUUGAAAAGUAAAACUGAUAAUCUUGAGUUGCGACUGCUCGCAGAGGAGGCUCAUGAAGUGAUAAUGACUUGUGGCGGAGUAAAGCCAGAGAGAAAAGCUAGUAAUGUUACUAAAAAAGAAAAUUCAACGAGGCUCGAUGCUAAUAAGCCUUUUGAGAAAACCAGCACUUGUGAUGAGGCCUUGAAAGAUGCUUGUGAUCCUCUACUUCCUGUGAGAGGACAUGCGAUCUUACAGCUGGGGAAACUGCUAGCUUCUGGUGACAGGUGGGCCAAAGCCAAAAAGGACCAAAUCCUGUGCAUUUUCCAGGAAAAUCUGAAGCAAGAAGACUCAUUUCUGUACCUGAGCGCCAUUGAAGGGCUUGCAGUGGCAGCUGCGGAGUUCCCAGACUCUGUCAUCGUCUCUCUUACUGAACAGUUUAGUCGGAACUCCCUUGCAGCAGAGACAAGGCUCAAAGUUGGCGAAGCUCUCAUCAGGGUCACUAAGCUACUUGGAGAACUGGUGCCAGUUUACAAGACGGAAUUGAUCAAUGCCUUCCUCUGUGGCACCAGAGACGAGGAUUUCUUGGUGAGAGCCUCCAGCCUUUCCAACUUGGGAGAGCUGUGUCGCGUCCUGGGCUUCCGGGUCGGUCCCAUCGUGGCUGAGGUGUUGGACUGUUCACGAUGCUUGGUGGCCAGAGACCCGUCCGUGGAAGUGCGCAGAGCAGCCGUCAUGCUCGUCUCCUUGCUUCUCAAAGGACUACAGAAAGAUGCUCUUGUGGUUCUGCAGGAUGUGCUGUUGGAGUUGUACCGAACCCUUAAGCAUAUCUACUCGUCUGACAGAGACGAUGUUACGCGGCUUCACGCACAACUGGCGCUAGAGGAGCUCAAUUCAGGCACAUUGGCCUUCCUCCUCCCUGCACCAUCAAUGUCAAAGAGAAUUUUUGUUCUAGACCCACCAACAUAAAAGGUAGCCUACAGUUUGUAAAUAUGUUUUAUGAAUAAAUUAUAUAUUUUUAAACUUA